AACUGACAUUAAUUGGAAUUGCCCAAAUGCAAAGCGAGAACAAUUUGAAAAUUGAAACAGAAUAAUAAAUACUUUUAAAACUUGAAAAUACAAUUAAAAAUUUCUGUUGUGAGCGUCUUUUCUGCUAUCCAAUGGCGCCCAUAAAAAAACGACCGCCACCCAAAUCAUUUACAAACGAAGCGUCUACUUCCAAGCGGCGCAAUAUCUCACAAAAUGUUAUUCCGUCGUCGUCGCAGCCCGACGACAAUCAAUUUCGUUGUGGCAAAGUCAUUCGCAUGCAUUUGACCAACUUUAUGUGCCAUUCAAAUCUUGUUGUUAACUUUAGCGACAGAGUUAAUUUUCUAGUUGGCAAUAAUGGCAGUGGCAAGAGUGCAAUUCUUGCCGCACUUGUCCUAGGACUCGGUGCAAAAGCUAGCGCUACAAAUCGUUCACAAAGUAUGAAAAAAUUCAUAAAAACCGAUGAAUCAUUUACAAAUAUUCAAAUCGAAAUUGCCAAUUCAGGAAGCGAUGCUUUCAAUCAUGAAAUCUAUGGCGACAAAAUAAUCAUUGUCCGUCAUAUAACACAAAACGCUUCCUACUAUCGCAUCAAGAAUGCCCAAGGUAAUGUUGUUUCCAAAAAAGCCGAUGAUUUGCAUAAAAUCAUGCUCUACCACAAUAUACAAGUAGAAAAUCCUGUCUUUGUUUUGAAUCAAGAAAAUGCUAGAAUAUUUCUUAAAGAUCUUGAUCCAGCCAAAAACUAUGAACUUUUUAUCAAAGCCACACAAAUUGAAAUGGUUGCCGAGAAGUUGAAUGAUUGCCUUCGUGCAUCUAAACAUCAAACAUUGCAAUUAAGUUGCUUGGGACAGACUAUAACCCAAGCCAAAGAAGAAAUCGAUGAACUUAAGCAAAGUCUUGCUGAACUCGAUUCCAUCGAGCGAGUAAAGAAACUUUUACAAAAAUGUGAGCUAGAACGGCUUUGGAUAUUUGUCAUUGAGCAAGAGAAGCAAAUACAAGCUGUUAACAUGUCAAUCGAAGAACUUUUAACAAAUAAAAGAGAAUUCGAAAGCAUGAUGAUUAACAAAGAUCAAUUUGAACAAGAUUGUGGCAAUGCCUUAAGUGCAAUUGAUACCAACUUGGAGGAAAAGCGAACUUUAUAUAGCCAAGAAAACCUUAAGUUCAAUGCUUUAAAAGGUAAACUGGUUGAAAUGAAUGAUCGUUGUAGCGAAAUUGACUCUUCUGUGGAAAACCUUAAGAAGAAGUCUGAUUUUAUAAAAUCUCAAAUUGCUAAAUUAAAAGACUAUAUUGCCCAGAAGGUCUCGAAUAAUCGAGUGAGUGUUCAAGAUCUUCGCAUAAAACAUGAAAGAGAAUUAAGCGAACUGAAUCAGCAAAAGCAAGAAGUCACGGCAAUGCUGGAAAGAACCAAACACGAUGCCCAAAAUUUGAUUGGAAACAAAGGUCAGAUUGAUCAGAAAAUUGAAGAUCUCAGGAGGAACAAGCAUCGUCUACAGGAAGAAGCGCGACAUAUUCAAUCGCAAAUACACAACAUUAGCGCCAAUUCCAAAGAUGCUCUGUCGAUUUAUGGGGAAAAUGUAAGUCGUAUUGUAGCAACUAUUAAUAAACUUUAUCAGGAACGACAAUUCAGUGAGAUGCCACGCGGUCCUCUGGGUCGAUAUAUUGAAGUUGUCGACGCUAGAUUCCGCGAUGCUGUGGAAAAUCAAUUGGGUGGCUUGAUAAAUAGUUUUGUUGUGAGUAACAACAAAGAUUAUAAGAUUUUAGAAGGUAUUCUUAAGAAAUAUCCAAAUUUUAAUCCAACAAUCAUAACCACCAAGUUUAUGAAUAAAGUAUAUGAUGUAUCGAGGGGUAAAGUUCGUCCACCGAAUGGCACCUAUCUCCUAAUGGACCAAAUACGCUGCUCAGAUCAUGUGGUCUUAAACUGCUUGAUUGAUCGCGGCUCUAUUGAAACUAUUCUCCUUACAGAAAGUAAAGAGGUGGCUGAAAAAUUUAGCUCACAGAUAGAAAAUGUGCCAGAGAAUCUAAGGAAAAUUAUUCUUAUCAAACCUGGCCUUGAAUAUUGCCCUGAGCCAUCCUAUCGAAUGUAUUCACUGAAAAUCCGACCUGCUCGAUUUAUUCAAGUUGAUAUUCGCGAGCGAAUAUACCAAAUGGAGAUGGAAAUGAAAUCGAAUAAAGAAGAAAUUGAUAGAUGUGAGUUAAUGUUGCAAGAUACAAGUCCACAAUUGCAACAAAUAGCUCAAAAUAUUAAAAAGAAUCGAUCUUUAGUUGAGAAACACGAAUAUUCAUUAAGAGGCAUAAGUCAGAAAAUUAAUGAGUUGGAAAGUUUUGAGUAUCCGGAUAGCAAUGAAAUGGAUCUUUUGGCUAAUGAAUUGGAGGAGUGCAAAUCUAAGCUCUCGCAAGUUGAGAAACAACUUGAAGAGAAGGCAAAAGAGAUUUCCGAAACAAAGAUUGAACAAAGAAAGAUCACCGAAGACCUUACAGAGCAAAAAGUCGCCUUGAAGGCGAUCGAAGAUGAAAUGAAUCAAAUAAAAAACAAAUCAGAUGAUAUACGUGUUAACUUGACUAGCUUUAUGAAUAGCGUACGAGCGAAUGAGUCUAAAGUUCAAGAAAUUGAUGCUGGUAUUCAACGAUUCGAGGAAGAUAAACAAACAAAGAUUCAGGCUUUAAGUGAACUUCGAACUGAUGCAGAAAAAUUGGGUCCACGUAUCGAUUCGGAAAGAUCGGAAUCAGAUAUAAAUGAAUUAAUAAGAAAGUUGAAGAGUAAAAUCAAACAUCGUAGUCAAAGAAAUGAAACUCCUGCGGACUUGCAACAGUUAAUAGAUAGUAAGUCACAAACAUUGGCUAAAAACCAAGAACUCUUUUCAUCUGUAAAAGAAACACUGGAAAUGUUGAAUGAAUCUCGCAUAAAAAGAUUUCGAUUUAUAAAACAUUUAAAACGUCACAUGGCAAUGAAGGUGAUGUUUACUUUUCAGGGUUUGUUAAGUUAUCGUCAGUUUACUGGCGAUAUAUCAAUUGAUCAUGACGAGCGUAAGCUUACAUUGGCUGUGUUUCCGCGAGAUCCUAAUAUAGAAGGUUCAACAUCUAAUACAAAGUCUCUAUCUGGUGGUGAAAGAUCUUUUUCAACUGUAGCUUUCUUGCUUUCGCUAUGGUCAUGUGUAGAUCAUCCGUUUUAUUUCUUGGACGAAUAUGAUGUAUUUACAGAUGAAGUUAAUCGUGAAGUUAUGACAUUGAUGCUGUUGAAUGAAGCUGAAACAAAACCACAAAGACAGUAUACAUUCCUUACGCCACAGGAUAUGGCAUUGCAAUCGAAGGACUUUAUACGAAUUCAUAGAAUGGCUGAUCCAAAUCGUUAGUUGGAAUAGUCUGGAAUGGUCCCUUUUUUUUUAUUAAGCUUUUUAUCAUUGGAGUUAAUUUUCGUUUAUUUACUUAUUUUCAGAAAUAAUAUAUUACAUUUUUUUUUCAUCUUUUCAUACAAAACAUUUGUUCGUUGAAGUUUGUUGUUUUCUAAUAAAUAUUUACAAAUGUUUCUAA